AUGAAGAAAGAUAACAUCGUCGAAGAAAAGACGUUGGAUACUGGUCUGGAGGCCACAGACGAGUUACGUGCUUAUGGCUUGUUCAAGCGCUUUUCUGAUAAGCUCGACUCAUUCGGAGUGGAAUCCCGAGGCAUCGAGAGGAUUCAGCCGUACGAAAGAGCUGUCAAUAAGAAAAAGCAGUUUAUCACGGUGAUGGGUCUUUGGCUCUCGGCCUGUGGAGGUUUGUCCUCGAUGUCGUCCUUUUAUUUGGGGCCGUUACUUUUCGGUUUGGGAUUGAAGAAUACUGCCAUCACUGGGUUAGUAGGCAUGACUGUGGGAUGCUUAGUGGCCGCCUACUGUUCUCUUAUGGGGCCUAGAUCUGGAUGUAGACAGAUGGUCAGCGCUAGAUUUUUGUUUGGAUGGUGGUCUGUGAAACUUGUGUGUUUGGUCAGUAUCAUUGGUGUGAUGGGCUGGUCGGUGGUGAACUGUGUGGUGGGAGGUCAAAUCCUUUCGUCUAUGAGCGACGGCAAGGUUCCUCUUAUUGCUGCCAUUAUUAUCAUUGCUAGUGUGUCGCUUUUGGUGUCCAUUGGUGGUAUUCACUAUUUGCUUAGAGUGGAAGCGUUCCUCAGUUUGCCAGUGAACUUUGCUUUCCUUAUGUUGUAUGUGGUGUCGUCCAAGAAAUUUGAAUAUCUUCUGAACGAUGAUGCACCUAUUGUUGAUGCCGCUACAGUCAAGGGUAACAUGUUUUCGUUCUUUUCGUUGUGUUUCUCUAUCACAUCUACUUGGGGCUCGAUUGCAUCGGACUACUACAUUUUAUUCCCCGAGGACACUCCAGACAUCCAGAUCUUUGCCCUUACAUUUUUUGGUAUCUGGGUGCCUACUACGUUUGUCGGUACAGCAGCUAUUUUGAUUGGUAACGUUGCACUCACCUAUGGUCCAUGGGCUGAAGCAUACGAGAAAAUGGGUAUGGGAGGGCUUCUCAACGAAGCGUUCAAAGCAUGGGGCGGUGGGGGAAAGUUUUUGCUUGUGCUUAUCUUUCUUUCGCUUAUUUCCAACAAUAUUCUUAACACAUACCUGGCGGCCUUUGGCGUCCAGCUUAUUGGUAUCCCCUUGGCAAAGAUCCCACGUUGGAUGUGGGCCAUUAUCCUUACGGCCAUUUACUUGGUAUGUGCAAUUGUGGGAAGAAACAAGUUUUCGGAUAUUCUCGGCAAUUUCUUACCUAUGGUCGGAUACUGGAUUCUGAUGUAUUUUGUCAUGUUACUUGAAGAGAAUACGAUUUUUCGCAGCCGUUAUUUCCACCACUUAUACGUCAAGGAGAACGAAGUAAUCGAUAAAGAAGAAGGCCCCUCGGCCCUCUACAAGAAACGCCCUAACCAAUUCUACAACUUCGCCAUUUGGAACGACUACAACAGACUCACCCAAGGUUUGGCAGCUACCAUCUCGUUCUUAUGUGGAGCCGCUGGCGCCGCAGUGGGUAUGUCGCAAGCAUACUGGAUAGGGCCGUUGGCGCGGAAAGUUGGUGGUGACGAAGGAGGUGACAUAGCCAUGUGGCUUUGUAUGGGCUUCAGUGGAUUUGUGUAUCCCUGGGCUAGAUUCUGGGAGCUUAAGAAAUACGGGCGGUAG